CUAGAAGACUAGAAUAGAAUAGAAUAGACUUUAAUGUCAUGCCAGCAUGAAAAUUGCCAUAAAGGUGCUCCACCUGCUCCUCCUGCUGAACAGUUACAUGGAUUUUCAGAUACGAUAACGAUACCUCCCCAUCUUCAUUCCCCUUAAGUGGUUCGGUGUGGAAACCCCAACUGAGAGCAGGAUGCAGAGGUUCUUUCGACCGCUAGCUGGCCUCUUCAUCAUGCUUUUCAUUGGUCUUGCGAGGUGGAAAUGGGAGGUGAUAUCCAUCACAUACCUAUACAUAUCCCCAGUGCAGAAUGAACUACCAGAGACCGCAGAAACCAUUCAACACAUCCACAACUCCUCGCACCUCGUGGUGUCUGCAUUUAAGGACCAUCGUAGAGGCGGGGCCAUUCGGGUGAUUGGCAUCCUCAGAAGAUCGGCGUUCAAGAAGCUGUACUGUGUGCUCUGUGUUCAAGCUGACGCUAGGACUGACGGGGAUGAGGGGUGUAGUCAACGGGUGUCUUCAGAGGCAGUCGUUGAAAUACACAGCGAUCACUUUGGCUUUCCUUACGGGACUUCAGACAUAUUGUGCAACAGUCCAUCAUCCUUUAAGCCCACACAUGUGGCCAUAUCAGUGGACCCAAGCACUGUCCAGACCCAAUCACUGUUGAGAUAUUUACCCAUUCAAAACCAGGAGACCAAGGACUCAUUUAAGUACAAUUUCACUGUGUGCAUAUCCAGCCUCUUUGGUGAGUACAAUAAUGCCCUCCAGUUUGUGCAGACCAUGGAGGUCUACAAGCUGAUAGGCAUUCAGCGAGUGGUCAUCUACAACACCAGUAGUGGGCCCCAUCUAGAGAAACUACUCAAGUACUACAGCAAAGAGGGUAUGCUUGAGGUUGUUCCUUGGCCAAUAGACAAAUUCCUAAAGCCUUCUCAUGGGUGGCAGCCAAAAAUUUCACCUGGGGACUUGCACUACUAUGGCCAGCUCACCACGCUGAACGAAUGCAUAUACAGAUACAUGUAUCAGUCCCAAUACCUCCUCCUGAAUGACAUGGAUGAGAUUAUCAUGCCUUACAAACAUGCCAGCCUGGGGGACUUAAUGGAUACCCUACAGAGACAGCAUCAUGACGCUGGGGUCUUCAUAGUUGAGAACCCCAUUUUCCCCAAAACCCAGUUUGACGACAGCGGGCGCUUUAGCCGGCGCGAGUGGCAGAAUGUGCCUGGUAUAAAUAUCCUGGAGCACAUUUACCGUGAGCCUGACCGGGAGGGAGUUUUCAAGCCCACUAAAUUGAUCAUCAAUCCCCGCUCUGUGGAGCAGACAUCCGUACACUCAGUCCUAAAGCACUUUGGACCCUCCAUCGAUGUGCAGUUUGAUGUCUGUCACAUAAUCCACGUCAGGGUCCCUCUGCAAAGGAGCCUACACAAAAACCAACUGCACGUGGACAAGAAACUUUGGGAGUUUGAGAAGAGGCUGAUACCGAAUAUCGAUCGAGCAAUUGAUGAAUCAGGACUCUUACUGUGAUCUAAAACUUUACCUUUGGCCAUGAAGGGGGCAGCUAAUCUGUUGCACAUUGAUGGUGUAGGCCGGGAAAGCAUCAUCAAUAGUAGUUACGUAUGUUACUGCAUGACUCAGGCCUAUUACUGCCGUUCCAAACUGAAAUUCUUGGAGUUAGCUCAGCUGUGGGAAAGCCUUACUGUGCAUGUACACUAAAGGAACCUACUCAACGGAAGUCAUUAUUUCAUGAUUAGCUACUGUAUAUCAAACAAGUCUGUCACAUCCUGAGCGAAUACAGUGAAUUCAUGGUGAAACAUCUUCAAUGACCUGGCUACUCUGUAGUUAACGACUUAAGAG